AAUACCCAUAGUAGCACGUGCGAAUAUAUUUAUUUUGGUUUUGACUUGCCGGAUUUCUAUUUUUGAAAUGGAUGCUUUCACCAAUUGCCCGGGAUUCUGUCCCUCAUGCGGCUCCAUUCUUCCCGAGCUGCAAGUCAAGGGCAAUGUGACUUGCCACAAUUGCAGAGAGGAGUUUCAAGCGGAUGUUUACAGCGGCGAGAAAUCUGAGUUUACUAUCCAUUUCAACACAUACGAUGCCAAGAAGUUGUUGAACAGAACCAAACAUGAAUCGGAAUCGGAGGCGGAUGGACCCGUGGUGGAGAGGAAGUGUCCCAAGUGCAACCACGACAAGAUGUCCUAUGCCACCCUGCAACUCCGAUCGGCGGACGAGGGACAGACUGUGUUCUUCACCUGCCUCAAGUGCAAAUUCAAAGAAUCAGAAAACUCCUAGAUGCUAGCAAUACCUGUGUAAAUAGUCUUUUAACUAGUGAAAGUAAUCGUGUUCGACGGCCUGAAAAAUAUAUAGAUCAUACAAAUUUUUAUUAUAA